AGUUUAAAAGAGCACUCGUCAUCGUGUGUGCAGUCCAAUACGCGUCCGCAGUCCGAGAGAAAAAAGUACUCCCGUCGGUCGUAUUCCGUUUCUCGUUUUUAUUCCCCUCUCACCGUACACCUGUAGGUAGAAAAUACGAACGCCGACCGAUCACCACCGUCAAUAUAAUAUUUAUUGUUCAUAUUACACGCAUGUGUAUAAUAAUAGAAAUCGUAUAAUUAUAGUAUAAAAUAAAAACCGACUAGUGCGACGCGCGUUUACAGAUAACACGGUUGGUCCGUCUACAUAUCAAAACACUGAAUACAACAUACACACACACGCGCGCUCUCAAUCGUAGCAUAAAUCAUUGUGUCAAUAACGCAUUGCGGUGUAGUAUCAUUUGUCGUCGUCACCGUCGCCAUCGUUCAAGCAAAACGCGAAAAAUGUUAACAAGUCUCGUUUGAUAUAUCUACACGAAGGUACCCAACCAAACCACUGUUCCACAGCCGAUCUAAUCGUCCGGAGAAAAUCCGUGAACUGCCCACCGAUCACCAUCAGCGGUGUCCUCCACACGUCGUCAAACGACAAAGUUUCCAUGAAAAUGACGGAAAUGAACGCGGUCAACACGCAGAGCAUCGCCGACUAUUUGGCGCAAUUGCUCAAAGACCGCAAACAAAUCACCGCGUUUCCAAACAUGUUCAUGCACGUUGAGCGGCUUAUCGACGAAGAAAUAACCAAAGUCCGGGCCAGCCUAUUCGAAGUGAACGGUGUGAAGAAGGAACCGUUGGUGCUGCCGGAACCAGACGGCGCGCCCGUUACCAUUACCGAAAAAGUGUUCGUGCCGGUUAAGGACCAUCCGGAGUUCAACUUUGUCGGAAGAAUAUUGGGCCCACGAGGUAUGACAGCAAAACAAUUGGAGUUGGAAACCGGAUGCAAGAUUAUGGUUCGAGGAAAGGGUUCAAUGCGUGAUAAGAAAAAGGAGGAACAAAAUAGAGGUAAACCCAACUGGGAACAUUUGAGCGAAGAACUUCAUGUUUUGAUAUCUGUUGAAGACACUGAAAACCGGGCUAAGCUCAAGUUGAAAAGAGCAAUUGACGAAGUGAAAAGGCUUCUUGUGCCAGCUGAUGGAGAAGAUGAAUUGAAGAAACGCCAACUAAUGGAACUUGCUAUUAUUAACGGUACAUACAGGGACUCAAACGCUAAAGCUUUAGCAGCAGCAGCUUGCGAUGAGGAAUGGCGUAGGAUGGCUGUUGCAGCAGCUGCUGAGACACAGCGACUUUUGUCACCACAUGGUAUGGGUGGCCUAGCCACAACUUUGCGACCACAAACUGCCACACCAUUAACUGCGCCACUUAUAUUAUCGCCACGUAUCCCGACUGCCAUUACUACCAGUGGUGGAAAUCCUGGUGCUCCUCAGCUAUUGUCUCCAGCUGAACAUCAUCAUCAUGCUGCAGCAGCAGCAGCUGCAGCUGGUCUUAUAUAUACACCAUACGCUGAUUAUGCCAACUAUGCAUUAGCUGGAUCACCAUUGAUCACAGAAUACACUCCUGCCGAUCACUCGGAAUGUUCGGCCAGAUACAUGCUAAUGGUUCCAGAACUACAAGGGCUCACCUACCGUCACUGGCCAAAUCAACCAGGUGCAGCAGCCGCGGUUGCGGCGGCGGCUCAGGUCGCAAAACAAAGAAGGCAUUUGACUCAGAUCAGGGAUCAUCCGUAUCAGAGGGUUGGCACUUCGAUUGUCAAUUAAAAAAAAAAAAAAAACCAAAAUUAAAAAAAAAGUUCUUUGAAUCUGAAAGGCUUGCGGAGAUCUAACAUACUGGACCUUUAUUUUAACACCACACAAUGCAGCCUGCGGCCGAAGUGCGACGAUUGCCAGACGGAACUAUUAUUAACAACUAAACAAUAUCAUUCUGCGCACAUAUAUACACACUUAAAAAAAAAACGCAAUGUUGCACUUGAAAUUAUUCGUCUAACCAAUUAUCUGUCUGUCUAAUCAUUUUCGUAUAAUAAUAUUUGUUUUAUUUAUAUUAUUAUAGUGUAUUAUGUUGUUUCGUAAUAUUACAAUUUAAAGACUAGAUAGAUUUAUUUUGUUGAGUCCCUUGAUGCCUUUAAAAACAUAUGUAUCUAUAUAUUUGUUUAUUUUGGUAUUAAUGUCGACAAUCGUUAUAUGCUUGUCGUCACUAGUCUUAGUAUUUUUGUUUGUUUAUUUCCUGAAUUCUGAACCACCACAAUGGUCUAAUAACACAAAGUAUACGACAAUUAAAAAUAUAAAAGAAUAUUGAACAAACUUUUUUUACAACUCUACUUAUCAAAUUUGCUUAGUUUAAACAAGAAUAUAAAAUAAGAAAAUUACAAAAAAAUAUAAAUGAAUAUUUUUUUUUAUGUUGUUAUUAUUUAUAAGAACUAUUUUAUAUAUAGUGUGCAAUAAAAUGUUAAUUUUUUUUUUUUAGAAAAGUUUUUCGAUAUUAUUAUCUAGAGAAAAUUUUCAGUAUUAAAUACAAUUAAAAUAUAAUACCUUAAAUAAUACCAUAUGCCAGGUGCCAAAAUCGACCCAUGCCAGUUCAUUUUACAUUUUUUUUUUUUUUUUGUUAUAGAAUUAUGUUAAAUAAAUAUAGAAUAUAAUACUCACAAUAAUUUAUUUAUUAGUGAGAUAUAUUUAAAAUUAUAUAUUAUAUGAAAAUAUAUAUUUAUACGUAAUGAAAAAAUUAUUAUAUAUUUAUAUAUAUAUAUAUAUAAUUAAGUUUUUAUAAUAUUUUUGUAAGUACUUAAGAGCCUAAAUAAUUUAGACAAUCUCUCGUAUAGGCUAAAUAUAUAUAUAUAUCAUAUACAUACAUUAUUAUAUUACUUUAUUUUAUUUUGUUGUUUACGAAUCUCAACGUUAAAAUAGUCGUGUUUUUGUUUUUUCUUGUUAUUUUAGACGUUUGUAGUUAAUAUAUAAAAUAAUUAUAAAUAUACUUAUAAAUGUAUAUUUUAGAUUUUAGAAAAAAAAAUUUUUGUUUGUAGAUGAGCACUUUACUGCCUCCCAAAACAAUAAAUAACUGUUUGAUGUAUUUCAGGCUCAUGUGCCAUAGGGUAAAAUUUUUUUCUUCUCUUUAAACGUAUUAAGAUUUAACAUUAUAAAUUUUAAUUUAUUUCAAUCUAUAAAACAUUGUUUAUAUUAUAUAAACUAUAUUUAUAUAAUAUAUUGUAUUAAUAUUAUACGCUUGACAAUAUGAAUUUUAUUUUUAUUUAUAAAUAUAUGUGUAUAUGUUUUAUAGAAAUAUAUAUAUACCAUAGGAGUUUCUAUUUUAAUCAAAUUUAUCAAUGUUGCAUGUAAGGUUUUUCAGAUUUUUAUGAAAUUUAUUUUGUAAAUGAAAAUGUUUUAUCAAAUGAUAUGAAUAAUAAAAAAAAGCAUGUAGAACA